GCCGACAUUGUUUACAUGCGUCAUUUCCUGUUAAUACGACUUGUAGCUCGUUGAUUCUCCGUUUCAAUCUGUGAACAAAUACUACCACAAACGAUUUUUGUCAAAUUAAUGGAGUGAUCCUGACAUGCGAUUAACAUUAAAUAACGAGUAUGACGGUGGAUCAUUGUUAAAUCGAUAUAUGAAUAUUGCUUGCUAUCACUGAAUUUCCCGCUGCAGUGCAUGUGUAAGGCGGGCGCGAGGCUGUUUCUUGGCUAGUCGCGGCGUUUAUUUGAAACAGCGAGGAUCGUUCUUAAAAUGCAAGUUAUAGAUAUCGGAUCCAGAGAAGAUGGAAAAAUAUGGCACCGAAAACUAGUAUCAUCAAAACAUGGCGUUUUGGUAACUGUGAUCCGAAGCACGUCUGCUCGUCAAACUAAAACGGUGCGGUUCCUGCAAGUUGCUUUUGACACCACAGGAGAGUCGUUUCUUGCUGGUGAUCACCAUGGCAAUAUCUAUGUGUUUGACAUUAGCAGAAACAGAUUUAAACUGGUUCAGAAAACGGGUCAAGCGUGUACCGCCUUAGCUUUCAACUUGAGAAGAUCAUCAGAGUUCCUGGUUGCUCUUGCGGAUUACUCCCUUAAGUGCUUUGACAAAGAUACCAGACAACUAGUAAGCUGGAUGCGGGGUCACGAGGGUGCCAUUUCGUCCUUGUCUGUCCACAGUUCAGGCCGCUUCGCCAUCAGCACAUCUUCAGACACAGCUCAGCUCUGGAACCUUGACACCUUCCAAAGAAAAAGAAAGCUCAAUGUUCGUCAGUCAGUUGGUGUACAAAAGGUCUUCUUUCUACCACACAGCAGCAUCAUUCUCAGCUGCUUUAGCGACGACUCCAUUUUUGCUUGGGAGAGCGACACACUUUUUUGCAAGUAUCAGCUGCCUGUUCCAGACGGGACCAGGGUACAUUACAGGACAUUUGCCAUUACAAAAGAUGGGAAAACGCUUGCUGCGGCCGGGCGCUCCAGCUUACUGCAUUUGUGGUGCCUGGAGAGCCAACAGCUCUUGAGAGUAAUUCAGAUGCCUCCUAAAGUUAAGACUGUAAGACAUGUGGAUUUCCUGCCUGAUAGUUUUGAUGGUGGAUCCAACCAGAUUCUUGGUGUUUUAAGUCAAGAUGGCAUCAUGCGCUUCCUCUGCAUACACACGUGCAAGCAGCUCUUUGAAAUAGGAUCUCUAGAGGAUGCCAUCACAUCAACAACCUUUUGUCCUAAGGGCCACCAUAUUGUUGCUGUGAUGGACAGUGGGGCUCUUAAAGUGUAUGAUGUGCGAAGUCUUGCCCCAGAUAUCAGUAAACCUCCCCAGCCUUUGUUGAAACUAGUAACUAAAAGCAACAUCAGUGAGGGAUCAUCACUGAAAGUAAAGGUACAUACUGGAGCAGGUCAGCACCCUAUCAAAACAUCAGGACGCAGAAUCCAAACUAAAAUCCUUCCAACGACUGCUGUUUCUGCACUGGAUGACAAAGAGAAUGGUUUGCCCAAUGGCCUAAACAAGAAAAGACUACAAGCUUUAUUGAGAGCAUUUGGAGAGUACCCAGCCAAAUACAGGAUGUUUAUUUGGCGCUCUCUGUUGCAUCUGCCGGAGAAUCAUGCAGCUUUCAGUAGUCUGACUGACAAAGGUCUGCAUUCAGCUUACCUGUGCCUUCAGGAGCGGUAUCCCAUCAAAAGCCAAAAACUGCAGAGAGGCCUACAGAGGGUUCUGUCUGCUCUUGCUCACUGGGCGGCCAUCUUUGGUGAGACUGAUUAUCUCCCCCUGCUGGCCUUUCCAUUUGUCAAGUUGUUCCAGAACAAUCCUCUCAUCUGCUUUGAAGUAGUGGCCACUCUCAUCGUAAACUGGUGCCAGCACUGGUUUGAAUACUUUCCCAACCCUCCUCUUAAUGUGCUGAGCUUGGCUGAGAAUGUGCUGGCACAUCAUGAUAAAGAGCUACUUCAGCAUUUUGUCACCUGUGGCGUUACCUCACAGAUGUAUGCAUGGCCACUUUUGGAAACCCUGUUCUCUGAAGUAUUGAUGAGAGAAGAGUGGCUGAAACUAUUUGACAAUGUUUUUUCUAAUCACCCAUCUUUCCUUCUAAUGGCUGUGGUGGCUUAUGUAAUCUGCUGCAGAGAACCAUUACUGCUCUGUACUGACAAGAAGGACUUUGAGUACUUUUUUCAUCAUCGGAAUAGCUUGGACAUUGUUGCCAUGCUGAAGGAAACCUAUCGGCUGAUGGAGAGCACACCUGCAGACGUUCAUCCCAGCUCUGUGUUGAGUGACUUUGAACCCCUGACGCAGGGGCAGUACCCAAUCUUCAACAAAUACCCCACCUUCAUAGUAGAGUAUCAGUCCCAAGAACGUGAGCGGAUCCGUCAGCAAGAAGUGGAAUAUCUGAGGGAAAGACAGGAGGUUCAGGAGCUGCAUGCUGAGGCAGUCAGACAGCAGGCUGAGUUUGAGGCCUGGUACAAACAGCAGGAGCUGCUACUGCAAGGAGAAGAACAACGUCGAAGAAUCCUACAAGAGGAGGAGAAUAAACUUGCACAGCAAAGAGCCAGAUUAGCUGCUAUGAAGCGUGAGCUGAAGGUGAAGGAACACAAUCUGAUCGACUCUACUAGAAGACGUUUUCUUAAGCACCAGCAAGAUCAGCGCAGAAUACAGCUGCAAAGACUUGAUGAUGAGAUUCAGAGAAAGAUGGCCCUCAGAGAUCAAGAGACGGUUGCCGCUGUUUAUGAUAUAGAAGUGAGACAGAUGGAGCUGAAUGCACAGAAACAGCUGUUUGAACAGGAGCUGGCCAAGGAGCAAGAGCGUGUGAGUCAGGAGGUGAGAGCAGAGUUGGAAACACGGAGACGCAAGGCUGAGAUGGAAGAUUCCACAUUUCAAAGCCUUAUUCAGACAGAUGCUGAUCUUAACCAGACUAAAAAAAAGAUGCUGGAGGAGUCUUUGGCGGAGGCUGGACAGAUGAAGGUGGAUGUUGCUUGGCAGGCUGAGAUGAUCAAGCAAUUGGACAGAGCAGAGGAGAAACAAGAAAAGCAAAAAGAGCAGCUGGUUAACCUCAGCAAGAAAACUCGUGCUAAGGAAGAAGAAGUAGUCCGGCUAAUGCAGGAAGUGGAGGGAAAGCAGUGGGAUGAUGUGGUAGCAAAACAAGCUGAACUUGAAGAGGAAAGAUUGGCGGCCGCCGCUGUAAGUGCCCAACGGAGGUCACUUAUCUUUCAGGAAACAGAAGAGGCUAAGCAACAUUACAACAAAUUACAAAAGGAUCUUGAGGAUUCACGGCAUCAUCAGAAGGAAAAAAGGCUCAGAUCUCCUCGCUCAUCCAGAGGGCUGCUGCACACCACCAACAUGAACCAUCAGCCUGUCUCCAAUGAUUCUUCAUGCUUUUCCUUAGAUCGUGGCAGAGGAGAGCUUGACUGUAAGGAGCGGGAGUUAAUGCAAGAAAUCAGAGAACUGAGGAAGAAAUUAGCUAACAGGGCCAGAGCGACUGACUUCACCUCACCCUCAAACAGCUCCAUACAAUCUCAAUGACCACCAGCAGUACAGGACCAUUACGGGUGGAUCCAUAUACAUUAAAGAAGAAUUUUAUGAAAUUGUUUUUAGAUGAUAGAUGUUAGUUUUUCCUUCUUUUUAAUGACACUAAUUCUUUGCUGGUUGUAAAAGCAAAGUGUUUUAGCUUUAAGACCUUUUAAGUGCCACUAUCAGUGUACAGUUGUUAUUUAUGUGAUGUUGUUUUUAUUAAUUGUUUAAAUUAUUUUUAUUUUGUGUGAUGUAUUUUUGUGAAAUUAAAUUUAUAAAAUUUUCUCAAUGGAUAUUUUGUUAAAGCACACUGUCAUUUGUAUUUUCAUUUAGGUUUUGUAUGUGACAGUAAAAAUGUGUUGACAA